AUGAACUUUGUGACGUUUAAUCAGGACUAUAGCUACCUGGCUGUAGCGACAUCGAAGGGUUUCCGCAUUUUUACAACUGACCCCUUCGCCAAAAGCUAUGAGACUAAAGAGGGGAACAUCGCCAUCAUUGAGAUGCUCUUUUCGACCUCGUUAGUAGCGCUGAUACUGUCGCCACGCCGUCUUCAGAUCACCAAUACCAAGCGUCAAUCCACGAUAUGCGAGUUGACUUUCCCAACCACCGUUCUGGCUGUCAAGUUGAACCGAAAGCGACUUGUCAUUGUUCUGGAGGACCAGAUUUACCUCUAUGACAUUCAAACCAUGAAGUUGUUGUAUACCAUCGAGACCUCGCCGAACCCCAAUGCGAUAAGUGCCCUGUCUCCGUCUUCUGACAACUGCUACCUGGCAUAUCCGCUUCCACAGAAGGCGUCGCCUUCUUCUUUCCCACCUCCUGCUCACGCUCCACCUGGAAGCACGCAUGUCUCCCCAACGAGCGGCGAGGUCCUUAUUUUCGACACCUUGAAGCUCGAAGCCAUCAACGUCAUCGAAGCACAUCGCUCGCCUUUGGCGUGCAUUACCCUCAACAGCGAUGGCACCCUGAUAGCCACUGCCUCUGACAAGGGAACAAUCAUUCGAGUCUUUUCCGUACCAGAUGGCCACAAACUUUAUCAGUUCCGACGAGGCUCAAUACCGUCGAGGAUCUUCAGCAUGUCUUUCAACACCACAUCCACUCUACUCUGUGUCUCAUCGUCCACCGAAACCAUUCACCUGUUCAAACUUUCUAGCCAAUCCCAGUCGCAGGACGGUUCAGCCGCGCCUUCUUCGCCGCCAGGACGUCGGCGAAGCUUCAGCUCGCUCAGUCAAUCAGCAGACGGAGAUGGUGGCGACGAAGAUCCUGCCUCCUCCGAUCUUUCAUCCAGAAAACACAACGGAACUUUGAUGGGGAUUCUCCGGCGCACUUCACAAAACGUUGGCGGUGCCUUUGCCGCCAAGGUUGGCGGGUACCUCCCAAAAGGUGUCAGCGAGAUGUGGGAGCCAGCACGCGAUUUUGCCUGGAUAAAAAUUCCCAAAUCCAACCAGGGCGGAGGACCCAACGCGAACCCCGGGCCGUUGAGGAGCGUCGUGGCCAUGAGCAGCAACACGCCCCAAGUAAUGGUCGUCACCAGCGACGGCAACUUCUACGUUUUUAGCAUUGAUCUUUCCAAAGGCGGGGAAGGGACAUUAACCAAGCAAUACUCGUGA